AUGAUUUUGGGAAAGAACGCAUUAUGCGGUACCGUAUUAUCAGAAAGUGACACUGGUGGUGGUGCAGGCGGUGGUGAAGAAUCACAAACCGAUCUAGAAGACGAUGGCGGUGGUAAAGGGGGUGGCGGCGGCGGCGAUGGAACGAAUGAUCAUCACCGACAACAAUCUUCGCAUCGAACAUCAUCAUCAGGAAAUAUUGCACAUCCGCAAUCCCAUCAUAGUCAUCAACAAACAGUUAGUUUUGGUGGUACAUACAUUCAAAGUGGUAACGGUAGUAAUCAACAAUAUACUCAUCAUCAUCAUCGUGGUAGUGGGAGUGGUGGUGGGAGUGGGAGUCGUGGAGGGGGUACACAACAUGUUAGAUCACCACCAUCUAGUACACGGUCACCACCAUCGUUACAAACAUCACGGGAGGAGGAUGAAGAAGAGGAUGAUAGUAGUAAUGCUGAUUGUCGAAGUCCUGGUCAAAGGUUAGUAUAA